UCGUUCCUCAUCGACCUUGGUGUGGCUGAGCUGGACCGUUUUGAUGACCGUGAGGCGCUGAUCUUCCGUGAGAACACGUUGGCCACCAAGGCCAUCGACGAGUACAUGAAACUGGUGGGGGGCAAGUACCUCCAGGACACGUUGGGUGAGGCCGUGGCCCAGCUCUGCACCUCAGAUGAUAGCUGCGAGGUGGAUCCCAGCAAAUGUGCCAGCCUUGACCUCUCUGACAACCAGAACAACCUGCGGCAGGUCUGCGAGGAGACCUUCCAGCGCAUCGCCACGUCCUGCGACACCUUCCCAGCAGAGCUGGGUGAGAUCUUCGCGGCGUGGCAGGAGGAGGGCACGGAGCGGGGCAAAGCGCCCAUCGGGCAGCGCCUGGUCUCGGCCUCCCUCUUCCUGCGGUUCCUCUGUCCCGCCAUCAUGUCCCCCAGCCUCUUCGGCCUCGUCCAGGAGUAUCCGAGUGAGGCCACUGCCCGUACACUCACUCUGGUGGCCAAGGUCAUCCAGAACUUGGCCAACUUCACCACGUUUGGCGAGAAAGAGGCCUACAUGGGCUUCAUGAACGAGUUCUUGGAGCACAACUGGAGCACCAUGAUGGCCUUCCUGCAGAACGUGGCCAACCCUGAGAGCAGCGUCCACAUGGCCACCUAUGACGGUUACGUGGAUCUGGCCCUGGAGCUCGCCACUCUCCACCUCCUGCUCUGUGACAUCUUCUCCAGCCUGGACCAGGCCACGCAGCAGGAGCUGGAGCCCCUGCCCACCAUCCUCACCGCCAUCAGGGAGGGGACUCCUGUCCCUGUCUCUGUCCAGCUCAGCUCCACCACAGAGCGAACAUACCGUCCGGCAGAGAGCUCCAAACCCGGCUUCCUGCCACCACGGGACCUGAGCAAGCACAGCCCCCUCAUCAAGACCCAGUCCCUCAUCAGCAUCCAGCGCGUCUGGGGCCGGGAGGAUGGACCAGAACCGGAGCCAUCACCGGCACCGGCACCAUCACCACCACCCAGCCGGGAACGUCGCAACGUCCAGCGCACCCAGAGCGUGCCGGCGCAGAGCAAAGCUGCCCGGCGCCUACGAAAGCAGAACAGCGUUGAGCAUGUGGUGGAGCCACCAGCUGAGGACAACCCAGGAUCCCUCAUCCUCCGUGACACCCCGGGUCGUGGGAAGUUGCGCUCAUCAGCGUCGUUGCCGCGCAAGUCAACGGUGCCGUGGCAGCGCUACGCGGAGGAGGCGGCGGCAGCACAGGGCGAGCUCUACGCCAUCCGCCCGUUGGAGAAGCACGGGCGCUUGAUUGAGGUGCUACGGAAGGAGGUGGCGGAGAACCGGGAGAAGUUACAGCUGAUGGAGACGCGGGUGGGCAAGAUGGAGGUCCAACACCGCGGGCUGCGACAGGAGCAGGAUCAGCACCGCGAGCAGGUCGAGCGUCUCUGGCAGCAGAUGGAGGAGGUGAACGCCCGCGCGGCCAGUUUGGGUGCCAGGCUGACAGCAGCUGAAGGCACCAGGAAGAAAGACCUGGAGAGGCUGAAGAGCAGUGAGGAGAAGAACCGAGAGCUGGAGAGACGGUUGUUGGCGCUGGAGCGGGAGCAGGCGGAGCUCCGAGGUGCCAUCACCCAAGCCCUGGGCCACCCCAGGAGGACGGGAUGCCGGCUGCCAGCGCGGGGUUGGGAUGAGAGCGGCGAUGACGCUCAGGCCACCAGCGUGUAA